UCUUCUAGUUUCGUUUUCAAACUGCAAGCCGGCAUAUGAAAUUUAGAAAACAGUCAUAAGAAAGAGAUUGGUAUUCCUACAUCUAGAUGAUACCAUUCCUUAUCAAGAGUGCUGUUAGCUUCCUUUUCUUAGCUGCUGGUAUUCAUUAUUGGCGAUCGGGAAAUAUGACAAAAGAAGGCCUAAGUCCAAAUGACCCUAGUUCCCACUCUCAUCCAGAAGACUGUCGUCUUGUACACUUAGACUUGGAGCUCAAUGCGGAUUUCAACAAACACAUAUUUAGUGGUUUUGCCCAUCUCACAGUAGAGAAACAAAAAGAUGGAGUUGAUACAGUGGUUUUAGAUUCAAAAGAUUUAAAGAUAAAAAAUGUAACAGACCAGUCAACAGCGCAAAAGUUGUCAUAUUCUCUUGGAGAUAAACUUGAGGUGUUUGGAUCACGUUUAGAGGUCAGACUUCCUUCUACAAAUGGAAAUAAACUGAACAUAUCAAUAGAGUAUGAAACAUCACCAGAGGCAUCAGCAUUCCAAUGGUUGACAGCCGAUCAGACAGCAGGGAAGAGGCAGCCAUAUUUGUUUAGUCAGUGUCAGGCAAUUCAUUGCAGAAGUUUUGUACCUUGUCAAGAUACCCCAUCUGUGAAGUUUCCAUACACUGCCACGAUAACAGCUCCAAAGGAGAUUACUUUACUGAUGAGUGCCAUUAGUACAGGAUCGGAGACUGAUAGUAGUGAUAACAGUAAAUCUAUUUAUAGAUUUGAACAGAAAGUACCAAUACCAUCUUAUCUUAUUGCCAUUGUUGGUGGUGAUCUAGAGAGCAGAGAUAUUGGACCACGAUCAAAAGUAUGGUCAGAGAAAGAAUUUGUUGAUGCAGCAGCUUUUGAAUUUUCUGAGACAGAGACAAUGUUAACGACAGCAGAAAAGCUAUGUGGUCCAUACGUCUGGGGACGAUAUGAUCUACUGGUUUUACCUCCCUCUUUCCCAUAUGGUGGAAUGGAAAAUCCAUGUCUGACGUUUGUGACACCUACUUUGUUGGCUGGUGAUAAGUCUUUAGCAGAUGUUGUUGCACAUGAAAUCUCUCACAGCUGGACAGGGAACUUAGUCACCAAUAAAAAUCCUGAACAUUUUUGGUUAAAUGAAGGUCAUACUGUUUUUGUGGAGAGGAAAAUAAAGGGUCGAAUGUAUGGUGAACCUUAUAGACAAAUUAGUGCUGCUGAGAGAUGGAUUGAAUUACAACAAAGUGUGGUGGAUGUUUUAAAAAAUGGUCCGUACACAAAACUGAUACCAGAUUUGAGAGGAGUGGACCCUGAUGAUGCUUUCUCUAUUGUACCAUAUGAAAAAGGUUUCACAUUAUUGUAUUACCUAGAAACACUUCUAGGUGGACCAGAUGAAUUUGAACCAUUCCUGAAGGCUUAUAUUGAAAAAUUCAAAUACAAAUCUAUAGACAGUAAUCAGUGGAAAGAUUUCCUAUUCUCAUUUUUCCAAUCAAAGGUUGAUGUAUUGAACAAAGUGGAUUGGGACACAUGGUUUUCUGGUGUUGGGAUGCCACCCAUUAAACCAGAAUAUGAUGAAAGUCUUGCUGUGCCUUGUCAAGAAUUAUGUGAUAAAUGGUCUGCCACAUCAGAUAGUGACCUGUCUCAGUUUAGUGCAAAUGAUAUCCUGAAAAUGACAUCAAACCAGAUCAGAAUCUUCCUUUAUAAAGUAUUGUUACUGGAGAGUCCAUUGUCCUUAAUCAAAGUAAAGAAAAUGGAAGAAUUAUACAAGUUCAAUGAUAGAAAAAAUUCAGAAAUCAGACUAAAAUGGUUGUUAUUAUGUUUGAAGGCACAUUGGGAGGAUUCUAUUCAGUAUGCUUUAAAAUUUGUGAAUGAACAAGGGAGGAUGAAAUUUGUCCGACCUAUUUACAGAGCCUUAUAUGCAUGGGAAGGUUCAAGAGAUACUGCCAUAAAGAAUUUCCUAUCAAAACGUCCAGAAAUGCAUUCAACAACAGCAGAAUUAGUGGGCAAAGAUUUACAUUUAGGAAGUUCAUAAUCAAUUAUAAGAACAAUGUUUAUGCUGUUAGAGCUGUGCUAGAGAGUGAAAUUUGUCUCAUAUAACCAGAACAUGUUUAUGGCUA